CACUAACACAUCACUGCUGAUCCACACAUGCAAACACGUCUAAAUCCAAAGUAAACUAAGGAUACUCUUCAAACCUUCGGAACACUCUAGACACCCUCCAAACCUUCUUAAAACCCCACGUUCCCAUCAGCCUUUCAACCUUCAAAGUUCAAACCCUCUCUCUCCACGCCACCACCAACAUCUUCCCUCUUCACGUACCGUACCACUUGCACUGGUGCACGCAAAGCCACAGCGCGGCAAAGCGCGCGCCAUGGGCACUCUCGUCGGGCACGUCGCGCCGGGCGCCGGCUUCCUCCUCAUCGGACUGUGGCAGCUGUUCAGCCACAUCCGCCUGUUCUUGCUGCGGCCGAGCUCCUACGCGGCGCCGGUCUGGUUCCCUGUGCGGGGCGUCCGCCACCUCGAGCUCAUACUGAUCAUCGUCGGCACGGUGAUCUCUAUCCUGAUGGAGCUGGUCAUCGGCCCCGCGAAGCACCAGCCGUUCGACGACGACGGCACCAUCCCGUCCGACCACCUUCACAACUUCGAGCACGCGUCCAUCUCGCUGGCGCUCCUCCUGUUUGCGGCCGUCACCAUCCACCUGGACAGGGUCCGGGCGCCCAUGCGGGACGCGGUGUCGCAGCUUGUCGCCGCGGCGGCGUUCGCGCAGCAGCUGCUCAUCUUCCACCUCCACUCGGCGGACCACAUGGGCGUGGAGGGGCAGUUCCACUGGCUGCUGCAGACGGUCAUCGCCGUCACGCUCGCCACCACGCUGCUCGGGAUCCCCUACCCGCGGAGCUUCCUGGUGAGCCUGGUCCGGUCGGCGACCCUCGUGUUCCAGGGCGUCUGGUUCAUCGUCAUGGGCGUCAUGCUCUGGACGCCCGCGCUCAUCCCCAAGGGCUGCUUCCUCAACUUCGAGGAAGGCCACGAAGUCGUCCGGUGCCGCACCGACGAGGCGCUCGACCGCGCCAAGUCUCUCGUCAACCUGCAGUUCAGCUGGUACCUGACCGGCACCGUGGUGUUCGUCGUCGUGUUCUACCUUCAGAUGGCCAAGCUCUACCCGGAGGAGCCGCGGUACGUGCCGCUGGUGAACGGAGGAGGCGGCGGCAGCGAUGGCGACGGCCGGUUCAGCAUCGGAGACGACCACGACGACGAGGACGACCUCGAGGCCGCGAAACGUGGCUUCGGACACGUGCUCAGCGACACAAAGCCUAUUGAAAUCGAGAGGUGAGGGCGUAUCUCAGUACCGUAAGGUUAGGAUUGUUCGUGUGAUUACGAUGGACUCUGAAUUCCUACAUGUAAAUUUUAGCUAUUUUUCUUAGACCUUCUUAGGGAUUGGUGUGGCGAGUGACCGUGACCUUACCCGUAAUUCAGGGUAAAUUCCGUGCUUGGUCAUUCAAUUUGUUUUUUAAGCAUGUCUGAUAAUUAAGGGUUUAAUGGCUUCAA